UAUAUCAACACAAGACAACAAAUGGCUGCCACCAAUGAUCACGGGUUGUUGACAUAUCUUGAAAAAUGUCGAGUCUCAGCCCCUCCAAAUACCGUGGGAGAAAAAACUUUGACACCUACUUUCAUGGAUUUGCUAAGCUUAUCCGUUCAUCCGAUUAACCGGGUUUACUUUUAUGAGUUUCCACAUUCUACAUCUCAUUUCAUUCAAACACUUAUUCCGAAACUCAAACACUCGUUGUCCCUUACUCUUCAACAUUUUUUUCCUUACGCAAGUAAAUUGGUCAUGUUUCCUAAUAAUGUCACCAAAAAGCCUGAAAUCCGUCAUGUUGAGGGUGAUUCCAUUGCGUUAACAUUUGCCGAGUCUAGUCUUGAUUUCGUUGAUCUUGUAGGAAAUCAUCCUCGAGAGUGUAACAAGUUUCACCUUCUUUUACCUCAAUUAGAAUGUCCAUGUAAUGAAUAUGAUCAAAAUGAUCAUGACUACUUGACAAAAUUUCCUAUUUUUGCUCUUCAAAUUACAAUUUUCCCAAACUUAGGCAUUUCAAUUGGUCUCACCACUCACCACAUCCUUUGUGAUGCAAAAAACGCACACGAUUUCUUAAUGGCUUGGACUUCGAUAACUAAAAAUGGUUCGGAUGAGGUAUACUUAGCCCAUGAAUCAUUACCAUUUUAUGAUAGAUCAUCAGUUAUCAAAUAUCCUACUACCUCUAUAGAUGAAAUUUACAUGGCUGGUCAACCAUGGAUCCAAGUUCUUGAAAAAAUAUAUCAACCCCGUUGUUCUGUUGUAACACAGAACGAUAGAGUUGUUGCCACGUUUCAUUUGACAAAAACACAAAUUGAUUUGCUUAAAAAGUGGGUCUUGGUUCAACUUCCAACAUUAGAAUAUGUAUCAUCCUUCAUAGUAGGUUGUGCCUAUGUAUGGAUUUGCAUGGCCAAAUCGCGUAAUUUUAUUGAUCUUAUUCUUGAAAAAAAGAACGACGACGACAAUAAGUUUGAAGACGUAGAAGAAGCCUUUUUUUGUUAUGCAAAUUUGAGGGGUCGUUUCGAUCCACCUGUUCCCGAAAGUUAUUUUGGCAAUUGUGUGGCGCCAUGUAUCACCACAGCUAAACGCGCCCUUCUUAUAGGAAACAAAGGAUUCCCAAAAGCCGUUGAAGUCCUAGUAAAAUGUAUAACAGAAACGGUCAAGAGUAACAAAGAUUUGUUUGAAGAUGCGGAGACAUGGAUGCAGAGGAUUACUUCCUUGCGUAAACCGGCUAUCAGCAUGGCAGGAUCUCCAAAGUUCAAUGUUUACGACAUUGAUUUCGGAUGGGGAAAGCCAAAAAAGCAUGAGGGUAUAAAAAUAAACAGCAAUGCGAGUGAUGUGAUCACAAUUGAUGCAAGCAGGGAAUCACCACAAGAUUUGGAGUUCGGUUUAUCCCUUUGUGCUAAGCAGAUGUCUGCUUUUAUCGGUAUAUUUGACCACGAAAUAUCGAGCAUCCUAUCUCAUCAUCACUAAUGAUGGAGUUAGUUAAUGAUUUAUAUAUGAUGAUUAUUGUUUGUGUAUUUGCUAUAUAUUGAUCUGUAUGCAUGUCAGCUAGCUCUCGAUCGAUCAUGAGUGGUUUAAUAAAGAAAAAUUGCAUUGUA